AUGGUGCUCUCAACCAAUGACAAUCCCCAACUUGGCAAGUCUCGAGAAGACUAUUCCCGUCUCGCUAGCCUCUUGGAGAACACCAAGGAUCAGAUCCUGGGAUACUUUCCCUCCGGGAUCCAUCCGGCAACUCUCGGAGACCAACAGCUCGAGUACGAGGUGUACAACGAGCUCACCACGCUCUUUACCCUAGCCAGAGAUUUUUCGGGUUCGUUCAGGAAGGCCCACCAGGAUGACAUCCGAUCUGCCGUCCAAAGCCAUCCGAUCGAUCUUGCUGUCUCCACAGACCGCGAGGAGUAUGAUAGCUGGGCAGACGAACUCGAUGCUCGCGGGGUCGAGCUCUGGAACCGGGCUAGUCAGCUCAGACGGAUCCUCGACAGUCAGAGGUCCUCCAAACCGGACUAUAUCGAACUCAAUAAAAUCUACCAUUCGGCACUCCGCUUACUCCAUCAAAAGAACUCAAGCCAGUCUCCACUAAUAACUUCAAAGAAUAAGAAACAUCAAGAACCCUUACUAUCCGAGAAGAUAUGUGCCAAGAUGCGGCAGUUGGGAUUUACCAUGAUUUAUGCCGGUUCCCCUGUCAAGAAAGACACCGCGUUACUGCUUAAACUCGUCAGCCUAAGUUCAAAGUCGUCCAAAGCGCAGCUCAUGGUGUAUGAUUUAGAAUCCGCGAUGAAAAACAUUGAAACAGCUUGGGAGCUGGAGCAACAACUACAAGAGAUCCAGUCGAACCCUGAUAACUCGACAAUAACGAAAGACAAGGAUUUCAUUUGCACAAUGCUCACGUUCUAUUCCAUCAAGGCCGAUUGUGCAAGAAAUGAGACCGCGACACUCUUCAACCUACGCAAGGCUCUGGCUCUGUUCCCAAAGACAACUGAUGAGAGACAACCGGCCGAAGCUCUGGAUGUAAUUUCAAGACUAUAUACGUUUGCCUACGAAUUGCUGAAACCGAAGAGCCAGAAAUCACAACGAGGAGAAAAGGAUUCACAGAAGCUUCCGGUCUUAAUCAAAGCUUCCCAAUGGCUCACGCUGGCAUUAAACGAGCUGGAUUCUCACUCCUGGCAUACUGCCCCAGAGGAGCCAGGGGAUACUGGGAUAGACGCCCCAGGCUCGACAUCCGAGUUGAAAGUCAAGAUCAUCAGAGCUUUGGCUUAUUCCUUCUUGGAAGCCGCCUCCUUCGGAAGUAAUGACCAGCAUGAACUUCAAAGGAAAGGAGAACAAGCUUUGGAAGAAGCACUGAACAACCGGCCCAGCCAAGCACUAUGGUUGCGGAAGAUACAACUUUUAAGUCAGCGAAAACGCAUGGGAUCGGAACUGCGCACCGCCGUCAAAGAAGCCUUGAAAACUGUGCCCUUCAAUCAGGAACUUAUCAACAAACUGAUGGUCAUUUCUCACAAGCUCUCCGACGACAGGCUAGUUAAGAUUGAGCGUUCGAUAAUAUGUGCAGAAAUAUUUUCAGCCUGUGUGGUAAAAGAGGAUCCGAUCGAGAGGUGCUUGGGCGACCCGGCCUUCUACACCAUCAUCCUCGCUUCCUCGGCUUCUAAGGGUCCGAAUGGGAGGAGGAAUCAGAAUAAAUCGGCGCCAAACGUGUUUACAAAUAUACCACAAAACGAACCUAGUGAAGAAUCUAAAUUUCAGUUUUUAAAAGAUACUGCUGAUCACGCUAUGCUGGCAAAUUCCGAGUUUCGCUUAGCAUCGGAUUGCGCUUUUAUGUCACAAACAAUGAUCUGGCACCGAGGCGAUCAGGAGUAUAAGAAGAUGAGAUUCGAUUUGGCGGCGAGAUGGUAUACAUUUGGAACUCAUGCGGUCUUUGUCGAGACUAAGGAGGCCACUUUCGCAAAACUUGCAAGGAAAGCAGCAUUGAGCUGGGUAAACCAUGGGAAUUACGAACUUGCGAGGAACAGUUUGAAGAAUCUACCUCCCCAAGGUUACAAUGAAGCUGGAACACAUUUCCUAGCUUUCAUGAUUGAUUCUGCGCAAGGAAACGAGCUACCUGCUAUCCAGUCAAUAGAUCGACUGAUGAGCAGUCUUGAUUUCAAGCCCGAAACGUUGCUCUAUGCUGCCCAACAGGCGAAUCAUAGGGGACUCCAGAAUUUACUCCACCAUAUCCUGCAGAAAACUCUGGAAGCGACGUCAGGGGCCACAGGAACUCAUUUCAUCCAAGGCUUGGACAUGGUCAUCCUUUUACGAUCGCUUAUCCGGAUAGACCUAUCAAACCUAUCCGUUCCUCACAGAAAUAGGGCCAACGAUGAACAAAGAAUACUUCAGCACUAUAGAGCAGCGAAGGAAAUGUUAAUCCAGUCCCAAGAAGCGAGUGCAAUUCAAGUGAGCUCGAAAGACGCCACCUGGUUAUGGAAAACGGCCUUCAAUACUUGUGUUAGUGCGACACAUGACUGGCCGGAAGAUUUGGUGUUCGAAUUCUUCGGUCUCACAGCCGAUCUCAUCAGUCUGACUCGCAAGAUACCGACAAGUAUCGAGGAGGUUCAGACACUGACGAGGCACGAGAUCCAUUGUCGGUUCGCAUGUCUGGCCGGUAGUAUGACCCAAGCCUUGAACACUGACCGAGACGAUUAUCGCCGUAAAAACUUGGAACAGCCUCUGCUGGCUUCCAUCAAACAGCUGAAGAAACUCUCACAAGGCGCACAAGAUAUUGCAUCGGAUGGCGCUUUCUCGGAGAAGCUGGGUAAGAUCAGAGCGUGUUUGUGCGUCUGGGAAUUUGAGACGUAUUCGAUGGGCAACGAUUGGGAAGCGAUUCGAUACUUCAUCGAAGAUCUCGAACUGGGUCAAGAGUCACAAGCUUUCAUCUCUACUCAGGUCACUGAAAGUAUCGCAGAAAUUGCUUGCCAAAAUCACAGUCUGCCAACGGAAUUACUUAUUUUCGUUCUUGAGCAUGUCAUGAAGAUUGUAGACCGUCAAAGGGAGAAGAGUAUCGACGCGCGCAGCCGAUGGCUACGACUGGUGAUCGACUUGGAGCUCUCGAUCAACAGUGACGAGGGGGCUCUAAGAUUCUCGAACCAAGCGCUACAGCUGAUGCAGAAAUAUCCGGAAGAGUAUCCAUCGGAUGAAGCUAAUUGGAUCUUGGCUAAGAGCUGGGACCGUAGUAUCGACCUAUACUCUUCUCAAAACAUCAUCCAGUCUAAACUCUGGUGCGAGAUGUCCUUAAAAUGGAUGGAGCUCGUCAUAGGCGGAAGGGCUUACGAAGAUAUGAUGAACCGCCAUUACCGAGAUUUGUUGAAGUUGACAGCCACGCUCGACACCCACCAGGAGUUAUUAUGA